AUGCUCAAAUCCUCAGCAAAGCACCUGCCCCUGAUGGCAUUCCUUCCGAUGAUCUUUGAGAAGCAUGACGAUGUAUCAAAGGACAUCAAAACAGCCCGAGAUUAUGAUUCAAGACUCGUGAGUGAAGAGACCGGGAAGGAGCGCCUGAAGAAGAUGUUUACGAUAAAUUCCGAGGAUGGAGUCUCUCCGGAGUUGACAUCAAUGAAUCAAGCGGGAUUAAUAGGAAUGUUCGUGGGUGCAUGCUAUGGGGGCUUCCUGCACUCCCGCAAAGCCUAUGUGGAUUUCAUGGAAAGGAAUCUUGCCACCAGCUUCGCAUCUCACCUCGAUGCAAAGAAGAAACUCCAGCAUGCCGUCACAAUGAGCUUUGGAAAGGGAGCCUUCCGGUGGGGCUGGCGCUUGGGGCUCUUCACCUACACCUACGUUGGCCUGGUCACAACAAUAUCCACCUACAGAGGAAAAUCUUCAAUCUUAGAAUACGCCCUAGCAGGAGCUGGAGCUGGGGCAUUUUAUAAGAUGAAUCGGGGAUUACGAGGCAUGGCAGCUGGUGGAAUAUUCGGAUGUGCAUUUGGUACCGUCGGUGGGAUUCUCUCGUUAACCAUCCUCCGUGCCACGGGUAUGUCAAUGGAGGAGGUACGCUACUGGCAGUACAAAUGGAAAGUCGACCGGCAGAAUACCAUCAAAGCCAGAUUACCCUCAACUCCCAACGCAGAGGAGGAUCCCAUUCUAAAGGCACACGAUGCAGGACUUGGAGAGAAGAAAAUCUCUCUGGAUGUACUUGAUACAACGGAAGCAACGGCUGCUUCUCAGAAAACUACAAAGUGAUGUAAAAAUCUUUAGCUAAAAAUUAGAUAUUAAAAAUAAAACUUUUAAAUUA